AUGGACUACGACGCGCUCAAGGAGCAAUGGUCCGACAUUGAAGAUCGAGACGGCAUUCGCCUGUCAUGGAACACCUUUCCCUCCUCGCGCAUGGAAGCGAGUCGUCUCGUCGUCCCCAUCGGCGCCCUCUACACCCCGCUCAAAGAAAAGACCGAUGGCACCCCUCUACUCCAAUACGAGCCCGUCACAUGCAAACCCCCCUGUCGAGCCGUCUUGAACCCAUACUGCCAGGUCGACAUGCGUGCGCGCAUCUGGAUCUGCCCGUUCUGUCUGCAACGAAACAACCUCCCACCACAUUACAAGGACAUCUCCGAGCAGCAGAUCCCGCCGGAACUCCAUCGAGACAGCACAACCAUUGAGUACAAGCUGUCCCGACCCGCUCCCACCCCGCCCAUCUUUGUCUUCGUCGUCGACACUUGCCAAGAGGAGGACUCGUUGAAGGCGCUCAAGGACAGCAUCAUCAUGGCGUUGGGCAUGCUGCCGCCUCACGCCCUGGUGGGUCUCAUCACCUUCGGCACCAUGGCCCACGUUCACGAGCUCGGCUACACCGAGUGUGCAAAGUCCUACGUCUUCCGAGGAAGCAAAGAGUACGCGGCCAAGCAGGUGCAAGAGAUGUUGGGUUUGGCGACGGCCGCGGGUGCAAGACCGGGGAUGCAGCCACAGCCCCAACCCGGCAGACCCGCUCCACUACCGACCAUGGGAGGCGCACAAGCUCGAUUCCUGCUCCCUGUGGAGCAAUGCGAAUUCCAACUCACCAACAUUUUGGAAAAUCUCCAAAGAGAUCCGUGGCCCGUGGCCAACGACAAGCGUGCUGUGCGUUGCACGGGCGUUGCGCUUGCAGUCGCCGUGGGAAUGCUCGAAUCCAGCUUCCAGAACUCUGGAGCUCGCAUUAUGCUGUUUGCUGGCGGCCCGGCGACCGAAGGUCCUGGCCACGUGGUCAGCGCCGAGUUGAAGGAACAGAUCCGCUCCCAUCACGACAUCGAUCGAGACAACAUCAAGUACUACAAGAAGGCCUUGAAGUUCUACGACACGCUCUCGAAGCGCACCGCUCACAACGGGCAUAUCGUUGAUAUCUUUGCCGGCUGUCUCGACCAAGUCGGUUUGCUGGAAAUGAAGGGCUUGGCCAAUAGCACCGGCGGCCACAUGAUCCUGACCGACUCCUUUACCUCCUCCAUGUACAAGCAGUCGUUUGCCAAGAUCUUCGACACUGAUGCCGAAGGAAACCUUGCAAUGGGAUUCAAUGCCAGUCUCGAAGUGCUCACCACCAAGGAGCUCAAAGUCACCGGCCUCAUUGGCCAUGCUGUCUCGCUGAACAAAAAGUCCGCUUCCGUCGGCGAGACAGAAUGCGGUAUCGGCAACACCUGCAGCUGGAAGAUGUGCGCUAUCGACCCUGCCUCUUCAUACGGCGUAUAUUUUGAAAUCGCCGGCCAAGGCGGCCCACAGGCAUCAGCCAUGCAACAAGGACCGCAAAAGGGCAUGAUUCAGUUCCUCACCUACUACCAACACAGCGGGGGCCAGUACCACCUCCGUGUGACCACCGUCGCACGCAACAUGUCCGGCCCCUCUGGCGACCCCGCCAUCGCGCAGUCCUUCGAUCAAGAAGCCGCCGCAGUCCUCAUGAGCCGCAUCGCCGUCUUCAAAGCAGAAGUGGACGACGGGCCCGAUGUCCUCCGCUGGGUCGAUCGCAUGCUCAUCCGACUCUGCUCGCGCUUCGCCGAAUACCGCAAAGACGACCCUACGUCCUUCCGGCUGGAAAAGAAUUUCACCCUCUACCCGCAAUUCAUGUUCCAUCUGCGCCGCUCACAAUUCCUGCAAGUCUUCAACAACUCGCCCGACGAAACGGCGUUUUACCGCCACAUCCUCAACCACGAAGACGUGUCGAACAGCCUGAUCAUGAUCCAGCCGACGCUCGACAGUUACACCUUUGACCAGGAUGGCGCCGUCCCCGUCCUGCUCGACUCGACCAGCAUCCAGCCGCAGACCAUCCUCCUCCUCGACUCCUUCUUCCACAUCCUCAUCUUCCACGGCGAGACCAUGGCCGAGUGGCGCAAAGCCGGAUACCAGGACAUGGAAGGCUACGAGAACUUCAAAGAGCUCCUCGAGGCGCCGAAAGAAGACGCGCGCGAACUCAUCCAAGACCGCUUCCCCCUCCCGCGCUUCAUCGUGUGCGACGCCGGCGGCUCCCAGGCCCGCUUCCUGCUCGCCAAGCUCAACCCGUCGACCACGCAUACCACCGGCUCGUACGGCGGGGUCAGCCAGACGGCGCAGACGAUUUUCACGGACGACGUCAGUUUGCAGACGUUUAUGGACCAUUUGAUGAAGUUGGCGGUGAGCGGGACGAGCUAG